AUGGCCGCACAGGAGAAACGCGAGGUAGCACCCGCUCCUGGAGCAAUCCGACCAGCCUCGUCCCCCCCGCGACCGCACUCAUCGCCCUCUGGUCCAACCACGAGCCCAGACUUGGACGCAUCAGCCGUCCCAGACGGCGGCUUCGAGGCCUGGCUCGUCGUCGCAGGAUCCAUCGUCGUCCUGUUCUACACAUGGGGAAUCAUCAAUAGCUUUGGCGUCUUCCAGACUUAUUACAGGACCGAUCUUCUGCGGACAAGCUCGUCAUCAGACAUUUCAUGGAUUGGCUCUCUACAAGGCGCCUUGCCCGCCAUGGGAGGUGUCUUUACCGGGCCCCUGUACGACGCGGGCUACUUCCGGGGACUGAUCAUUGUGGGAAACGUCUUGGUAGUCCUUGGCAUGUUCAUGACAAGCCUGUGCACCCAGUACUGGCAGAUUAUCCUAGCUCAGGGUGUAUGCGUCGGUGUUGGCUGUGGGAUCAUGUUCCUUCCCAGCGCUGCCGUUGUAAGCCAGUGGUUUGCCAAACGGAGGGGGCUGGCCUUGGGCGUGCAGUCCAUCGGAUCACCAAUCGCUGGUAUCCUUCUUCCCAUCAUGUUUGGUCGACUCCAGCCACAGAUAGGCUUCGGCUGGGCCACCAGAGCCAUCGCCUUUCUCAUGCUGGCACUUUCCGUCAUCCCGAUUACGUCCAUGAAAACACGGGUUCCACGUGCGGCAAAACGGCGAGCUUUCUUCGACAAGUCUAUCCUUACAGACCUUCCAUUCUUGUUGUUCGUGGCACAAAUGUUUUGCACAUAUCUCGGGAUGUACGUCCCUUUUUUCUACGUGCAGCUCUAUAGUGUCAAGAUGGGAAUCUCGUCGACUGAGUUCUCUCCAUACCUUGUAACUAUACUGAAUGCUGGAAGCAUCUUUGGCCGCGUGGUACCCAAUUAUUUUGCUGAUCGCUUUGGUCCUAUCCAAAUGCUUAUAUUCACCACCUUUGCCUCUGCAGUCCUGAUAUUCUCAUGGAUCGGCAUCAAGAAUCUCCCAGGACUCAUAGUCUUCUGUAUUCUAUACGGGUUCUUCAGUGGAGGCAUAACAAGUGGGACGCUCGCUGCUAUGGUGCCAUACGUCCCCAACUUGGAGAGGCUUGGGACGAGGAUGGGGACCUUCUUCUUCGCUAUGGGGGUUUCGGUGUUGAUCGGGACACCCAUUGGCGGCGCCAUCCUUGGUAAUGGAAAUGAAGCAUCAUGGAAGGGGCUCAUCGCCUAUGGCGGCGCAACAUUGCUGGCCGGCGAUGUCUUGUUAGUGGUCUCAUUCAUCUUGCACCGCAAGGGUGAAAAGGGCGUUGACGGAGUCAGAUAG